CUCGAAAGAAAAAAUUAUGUCACGAGAAAUUUUGGAGUCCGGUUGGGAAGAAAUGGCGAACAGAAAGCCGACGUUAAUUCAAUCUUAUCCCAUGAUCGGUGGCGACGGUCCACAUAGUUAUCUUCGUAAUUCUUCGUACCAAAAAGCUGCAAUAGAGAGUGUAAGGGUAAAGACAAGAGAAGCCAUUUUAGCAAAACUCGACCUUGAAACCCCAAACUCUGAGCUUUCCAUAUAUAGAAUAGCGGAUUUCGGUUGUUCAAUUGGAUCCAACACAUUAGAUAUUGUCCAAAACAUUAUAGAAACCUUAAAACUCAAACACCAACAAGAAGAAACCAAAGGAAAUAACAACGAACACCUCGAGUUCCAUGUUUUCUUCAAUGAUAAACCAGAGAACGAUUUCAAUAUUCUCUUCAAAACCCUACCUUGGUAUUACCUCGACAGUGAAGUUUUUGCUUGUGGUGUUCCCUGUUCCUUUCACUACCAACUGUUCCCAAGAAACAGUAUUCACAUCGGACACACUUCUAAUACACUCCUUUGGCUGUCAAGAUGUCCUGAAGAUGUUUGUAACCGAAACUCACAAGCUUGGAACAGAAAUAGCAUACACUGCACUAAUUUCAUCGUAGAAGUGGCUCGAGCUUACAAGAAACAAUUCAAGAAGGAUAUGGGAGCUUUCGUUGAAGCUAGAGCUCAAGAACUUGUCCCUGGAGGAUUGAUGAUUGUUUUGGGAUUGUGUUUGCCCGAUGGUGUAAAGAUGAUUCGGACAUGGAAAGGUGUUGUCUUUGAUAUGAUCGGAGAUUGUUUGAUGGAUAUGGCGAAAUCGGGAAUAAUAAACGAGGGAAAGGUCGAGUCCUUCAACUUGCCAUUAUACUUCCCACAAUUUAGGGAAUUGAUGGAAGUGAUAGAGCAAAAUGGGUGUUUUAGCAUUGAGAUUAUGGAAGAAGUAAAGCAUCCUAUGGAGGAUAUGUCAUUUAGCGACGACUUCAUCGUUUCCAUGUUUCGAGCCGGCAUCCAUGGAAUCAUCGAAGGACAUUUUGGGAGCGGUGUGAUUGAUGAACUGUUUGAUCGGUUUGCUAAGAAGUUGAACAAAGAGCCUAUUGAUUUCAAAGAUUGCCAAAAGGAUAUGCAAUACUUUAUUUUACUUAAACGAAAGGUCCGUUGAGAAGUAUCAAAUAUUACGAUUAUUACGUGUUUGGUGUGUUGGUUGAAUCUGUGUUUUGUUA